AUGCUGUAUCCUACGGACGGGACUUGGUAUUGCCGAUUCGGGUUUUCGGGUUUCGGGUCUAAGGAAUCUAAAGCAGCAGCUAUGUUAGACACUCAUGCCGUCAUUUCGUGUAUAGGCAUGGAGGACAAGUCGGUGCUAUUGGCCCACGAGGCAGCGUUUGCUCUCGGGCAAAUGGGUGAUGUUUUUUCGGUGCCCGCACUUACCCGGGUGCUCAAAGACUCGUCUUACCACCCCAUUGUUCGGCACGAGGCAGCAGAGGCUCUGGGCGCCAUUGGUGAAGCCUCCUCCCUCCCCCUCCUCCAAACCUAUCUCGCCGACCCUGCGCCCGAGGUUCGGGAGACGUGCCAGCUGGCGCGGUUCAUGUCUGUAGACCCUGCUGGGAGUGCGCCUAAGAACGCAAACACAGAGGAACUCAGGAAGCUCCUUCUGCAAGAAGACGCAGACAUGUACGACCGCUACGGGGCUCUAUUUGCUCUCAGAGACAAAGCAGCUGCCACUAGCAACGGAGGGGCCAAUGCUGCUGAUGGUGGUGCUGAUGCUGCUAGUGGUGCUGUUGCUGAUGGUAACAGUGGUGAUGGUGGGGGUGCGAAUGCAGCGGUGGGGGCGAUCGUUGAGGCUCUAGAGACCUGCUCCAGUGCCCUGCUGCGACACGAGAUAGCCUAUGUCUUGGGCCAGCUACAGAACAAAACCGCCGCCCAGGCUCUUGUCAGAGCGUUAGAAGACAUGUCAUGUCAUGCCAUGGUUCGGCACGAAGCUGCUGUGGCUCUAGGCUCGGUUGCAGACCCAUUGACGCUGCAGCUUCUAAGAAAGUUUCAGAAGGAUCCUGACCCAAUUGUAGCUGAGAGCUGUGACGUCGCCCUUGAUUUGAUGCAGUUUGAAUUGCAACCAGAUGCGUUUCAGUAUGCGGAUAACGCUCGGCUGCAGGGUUUGCUCGAUGCGGAACGGGCUCGGCUGGACGCGUUUUUUGUUGGGCUACGUGGACUCGUCGACCACCUGAAGGAGUUGGCCGAGCAGGUCGACGACACCGAGAAGUAUGCGGCGGAACAGCUGCGAAACGCGGCGGAGGCCAUGUCGCAGACCAUCACGGGCAACAUCACCGGCAGCUUCGACGAGGCGUGGAAGACGAUGAAGACCUUCGCGGAACAGGCGUCGGCGUGGCUGGAGGACUUCGACAACCCGGAGGGAAAUGUGGCGUAUCAACGCGCCUUAGCGGUCACCACCUUGGCCGACCACGUCGACAAGGUGGUGGGCGAUGCGCAGGAGGAUUUGCGGGAGCACAUCACGAGCCAGUUGUCCGCCGCAGCUGUCAACAUCGCCACAGCUGUGACCGGCAGGCUCCCCGUGCAGCCGCCGCCACCGCCUCAGCCCACGCCGCCCGCCCUCCCGGAAGAGCUCUUGAAGUCGUUCAAGGCCGACAUCAUGAAGACGGUGACGGAGGCCACCGAGCAGUCGUUCGUUGCGUCCGGGAUGAAGAUGUUGACCGAGAUGAUCGGCACGGUGGCGCCUGGUCGACGUGGUUCGUCGCCUUCGGCCAAUGACGCCGACGCCGCGCAACAGAGGGCGGCCGACAAGCAAGGCCUGAAGAGGUCGGGCGACGGUGACGACAAGGAGAGCUCGAAGCGGAGCAAGGGAUCGGACGGGAGCCGCGUCACGAAGCCUCCUGCGCGGAGCGUGGUCGACAUGCUGAAGGCGAAGGGGUGGAAGGUGAGGGGAGGGUCGACCAGCAAGGGAAGCGGAAGCGGGGGGGCGGACGGGAGACCUGCCGACGGGAUCGCGGCUAACGUCGAUGCACCGCCUGGCCCGCCUUUGGACGCCGAGCAGACCCAUCCUCAGGCGAGCGGUGGGAAGGACGCGGCCCCCACUGCCCAGGCGGCGAAAGUCGGAGGCGCCGGAACCACCCAGGGGCCGUCUGACGCGGUGCCGGCCAAGGGCAAGGCGAUGUCUGCGUCUGCUACGGUCGCCGGAACCGGCACGGCGAAGGCUGCCUCUGCUUCAGUCCCCGGAACCGGCAAGUCGAAGGCUGCUUCUGCUACGGUCGCCGGAACCACCAAGUCGAAGGCUGCUUCUGGUACGGUCGCCGGAACCACCAAGUCGACACCAUGUAACCCGCCUGCGGCAACCACCGGGCCCGCCGGCCAGACAGGUGCGGGGAAGCAUGGGGAGGCCCGUGCGGCCCCUCCAGCUCCAGCAGCCCCUACUGCCGCCAAGGUCGACGCGAAGGCUGCUUCGGCACAGGGGCCACCCGGGAGUAACGCGCUUAGGGUGUUGCUCCACCGCAUGGAGUCCCACCGCCCGGGCGCGCAGCAGCAUCAUGUGGUCGACGCCGGCCUCGCAGAAAUAGCACGUCGCUCCGUCACUCCGCACGUUGCCGGCAAACCGUCCGAUGCCCAAUCUGCCGCGCGGCCGGUCGCCGCCCCACCGCCUGCGGACCCCAAGUCCGCGUUUCUUCGCGCCCAUAUAGGCGCACGCAAAGCGGCAGCUCCACCAGUCACUCAGCCGGAACCCGGCACAAGCGCGACGCCGACGGCUGUAAAUGCGACCGCAUCCUCCCCAGGAGCAGCUGUGGUCGAUCUGGCGGCGGAGAGGGGAGUCAGUGCAGCGCUAGCCACCGGCGGCCGCGCCGACAGGCAUGCCGCCCUCGAAUCCGUCCUGGCCCAGUUUGAGGCAGCAAAACGGCCCGAGCAUGCCCCGGCACUGGCCAUCGUGGACACGGCGCAUGCGGAGCCGUCGGCGACCAACACAGGGGGUUCGGCGGAGCCGACGGCCGCAACGGGUGUUGUCGCCGAGGAAAAUGCGGGACGGAAGGGUAAGGACGACACCGGGAAAGGGAAGGCGGUGUCGGCGGGGAAGGAGAUGGCGGAAGACAAAGGGAAGAAGCCGGCACGGAAGACGGGCGGCAAGGGUAAGUCGGCAAAGAAGAAGGAGGAGGAGGAGAAGGAGGAGGAGGAGGAGGAGGAGGUGGGGGAGGGGGAAGAGCAUGGACGCCGGGGUCAUGGCAUCCGCCGAGACAGGUCUGGCGACGGGCAGGGGUGGGUGGGCGAGAUGAAGUUCAAGAACCAGAAUCGGUACAUCGGCAAGUCCCGCGACAAGAUGGAGCUGGCCUACGAGCACGCGAUUGCGUACUCCGUCUACGACGGCUACGUGAGCAAGGUGCUCAUGAAGGAGCUCACCGCCUUGAAGCCGGGAGAGUUGGAUGAAUGGAAGGCGGUGUGGGAGGAGGUCAAAAUCCUGCCGACCGGGAUGUGGACGGUGAUGUGGGCCAGAGGCUUGUGCCAUCCGAGAGCAAGGUUCGACGACAUACUCGGCAGGUUCCGUGGGUACGCAGGUUCGGGUGAUGCGCUUCAUGGCGUGCUCUGGCCGGCGAUGUGGUUCCCCAUCAUCGAGGACACGGAGGAAGGCAGGGCGGAGACAAAUGCAAACAUGUCGGCGAUGGUGAAUCGCGUGUCGAUGUGCGCGGCGUAUGGAAAGGUCGCGGCGAGAGUCGCGUAUGGGAAGGUCGACGGGAGCGCGGAGGCGACCGCGGGAGAGACGACGGAUAUGGAAGGCGCGGACAGGAAGGCGGACGAGAAGGUGCAGAUGGGGGCCCAGGCGUUAGCGGCCUCUGCAUGCGCCCUCUGGUGCUACAUGUCGACGCCGGCGUCGGUGCUCGGUGCUGUGGGCGAAGGUAAGGCGGCCGCGAUUCUGGCAGGUGCGGGGAAGGAGAGGGGCGAGCACUUCGCGAUGGUCAUGCACGUGGUUAUCGAACACGCACGCACUCGGCAGGCUCCCGCGGGGGAGGUUGCACAUAACGUCGCGCCAGAGCUGCAGCGCUAUGGAGUGGCCAGGGCCUUCGAGGCGGGCAUUGAGGAAGACGAGGCCGACAUGAUCGCAAGAGCGACGGUCGAGACCUUGGCGUUCUGGGGAAUGUGCCCCCUCGACGGGCCCAAGCUCAAAGCGGAGGGCAUCGAUGUGCCGUGUGACGCGAAGAUGGAGUACGACUUGGAUCACAGGGGGAGGAAGGGGGAGAAGGUCAAGCAGGCCAAGGGCAGCAAGAGGAAGAGGUAG